AUGAAGUCAAAGGUAAAAGUAAAAACUACAAUUUUCUGAGAAUAAAUGUCAAGGACACAAAAUUAGGUGAAGGUGAACGAGCAAGUAUUUUAUCUUGUUUAGAGAACAGACUCGAUCAGUUUUAUUAUUACGUGGUCUUCGUGAGGAUCAUAACAUUUGCACGUUCAAAUUUAAUUUAAUAUAAUUAACAAAAGGAACAAAUUAUGUCUGUUGCGUCUACUUCAGAACUUGUAACUGAAGCUGCAGGUGUUAAAAUUUACAUGACAGAAGAUACAACGUUUACGGGAAAAAUUUGUGUAAUAUUGAAAAAUAUAAAAGAAACUGAAACACUUGGAAAAUCUUACGGAUUUCAUCUAACAAAAUCCAAGUGGGAUCCUUAUCCAUGGAUAAGCCAUAUCGAAGCCGGAAGUCUUGCCGAUAAAGCUGGACUCAGAGCUGGCGAUUGUUUAGUUAGCAUCGAUGGAAGGGACUUAAUAGGAUUGAAAAUAAAACAAAUAGCAGCUUUAGUACAUCAUUAUGAAAAAUAUGAUUUAAAGUUAUUUGUUUGGAGAUAUAUUAAUGAAGAAGAAAAAGAAAAAGAAACAGGUAUAGCCUUGAAAGGACCACUGCCAGAAAUGGCUUGUAAACUUGCAAAUGCAGUAGCUGGAGUGAUACGAGUUUUAGAAUGUCCAGUUUGUUUGGAAAGUUCAGUGCCUCCAGUCUCUCAAUGUGUUCAUGGUCACAUUAUUUGUGCUGGAUGUAGACCAAGGACACCUCGUUGUCCGAUUUGCAGAGUUAGACUAGGUCAAGGAAGAUGUUUGCUCGCGGACAAACUUUAUAAGAUAUUUCAGGAUAUUUUUGAUAUAAAAAACAAUAUAUAUAACACUGGAGAAUGUCAUACGCGAAAUCUUCGAGAUUGGCUUUUCGGCAAAAAUAAAAAAAAGGAACUAAUACAAACAGCAGAAAAAAAUAAUUUUACAAAUCCAAAAACGCACCAGUUAUUAACCAAAUUAUUUCGUGCUAGAUUAGAGAAGGCUGCUUCAGCAGAUAAUUUAACAAUAGUUUCCAAUGAAAAAUUAAAUACAGAUACUGCACGUAUAAAUCUAAAUCCUGAUGAAUGUGCAAGUUUAUACGAUCGAACGAAAUCUGCAAGUACUGGAGAAUUGUCAAAGGAUGCUAUAAAAAAUGUUGAUAAUCAUUUGCAAAUUAAUGCAACAAGUACGUCAAUGUCAAGUACUAAUAGUUUAAUAUCCAAUGCCACACCAGUUUGGGGAGGUUCUAUAGAUUGUAUAUCCUAUACUCAAAUAAUAUGUCCUCUUUCAAAGCAAACUGGAUGUAAAAAUAUUAUUACAUCUGAUGCAGUAUUGGAACAUUUGAGUGGAACUCAUGAAGUACCACAAAUUCAUUUUUAUUCUAUUUGUGCAAAAUUUCCAUUACCUCUCCCAUUUGGUUCAGAAGCUGUUUAUAUAUUGCACUGUGGUGAAGAUCUCUUUUUCUUUCAGUAUGAAGAUGAAAUUGUUUGGAUUAGUAGUACCAUAGGAGGAAAAACAUUAUGGGAAUGGACUUUGCAUGGUAAAGGGCAAAAUGGUACUGAAAUAAAAAUUCGCAGAAGUGUCGCAAGUCUUGUAAAUCCUAUGAUGUUAACAUCACAACACAUUGCCCCUUUACCAAAUGCAUUGUUAUUGUACACAUUGGACAUUCAACUAAUAGAAUGUCAUCCACAUGAACAAUUAGGGAUGUUGUGACACUUCAGCUUCUUCUUUCUUUUUAUCUCUUUUGGGACAACUACAAACUCUAACAGGAAGUCUUUGUCGACCUAAAAUUCUUCUGUUACAAUCUUCCAAAGUAAAAAUUAACUCUGUUGGUCUGCGAUUCAUUCCAGAUGGACAACUAUUUUUACAUAAAAAUUUAAAACACACUGGAACAUAUUGUGAGCCAGGUUGUGGUUUAUUAAGAGGUGUCACUAUAGACAAAUGUUCAUUUCUUUCUUCAUACAUGGUAAGAUGAUGUGUACAACGAACAACAUGUUUGAUCACUUUGGGUAAUACAUCUCUAUUACUUGGAUUAUUUGGUGCCAUAUGAUUAUGACAUCUUCUAACUGGAUCACUAGCAUAUUGAUCUAAACUAAAAACCAUGGCAGUACGUAAAAGGAGACCAUCUUCAGGUGGUUCCCAUUUAAAACGUAAUGGCAAUGUUUCUUCCAUGUUGAUAAACACUUUUUUUAAUAUUUGUGAAUACUAUAUAAAUGAAUAAAAUUAAAUUACAAAUGAAUAAAGUUAAAAUUAAAUUAAGAGAUUACUGCAUGUAAUUAAUAAUAAUUUAAUAAUUAUACACUUACUACCCAAUUUUUACUGGAAUCUAGAUUACCCAAUGAAACCUGGAAAUUAUAACGACCAGGAAACUCCUCCUUUACUGGAAUAGCAGGAUCAAGUUCUUGGAAAUAUUCUUCUUCCUGUUCUUCUUCAUCCUUUAUUUUAUUUUCCAAAUAUUGUUGUGGUAAAUCAUAUUUUUCCUCCAUCUCUUCUGUUACACUUUGUAUCCAGGGUGUAGGCACAAAUCCACUAAAUGAAGCGGCACAAAUAUAUAAAUAUGUAAAUGACAUAAAAAAAAGAAUAUAGAAAAAACUAAGAUAUUGAAAUAUAUAAAAACAUUAUAGCAUAAUUAUAAUAUAUCAGUAUUUCUUACAUAUCUUUCACUAGUGUUUUAUACUCUUCUUCGCCUAAUAAAUCAGACUCUUGUGAGUCUGAAAAUCCAUUCGUAGCAGUCAUAUUCCAUUAAAUAUUUGUUAGACAAAAAUAUCAAAUUCACGACGCCAGACGCCAUUUACAUACGUCCGCGGGAAAACCUUUGUUAAAAUAACGAUCGAUUUCCAAUUUACGUUAAACGAUCUUACAUUAAAAGCCGGUUUUUAUGUGAUUUAUUAUGAAAUAUUGUAUAACUUAGUUAAACGAAGUUACAUUUAGUACUGAAGCUGAGAAAAAUGAAGCUGAGAAAAAUGAAAAGUUAAAUUAUAUUAAAUUAUCUUAAAUAGUUUAUGA